CAACAAUUCCCACGCCCGCUUGGUACACAUUGUUGUGCAAUUGUUGGUCCCGCAACUUUUUUUGAAUUUUGAACCGGACGAUGUACAUUUGAAUAUCUGCAUUUUUCUUUUCUUUUUCUCGGGUAUUUGGGUCCACAGCCACGCCCACGCAGCAACGAGCUAGAAUUCACCGUAAUUGCUUCAUCCCCUUCAUAAUUCCACUUAUAAUCUCUUUUUUUCUCUGCUGAGUGUCCGACCCGUCCCUCACCAUGUCGGAACGCUAUUCGCUACGGCAGACUCCCAAGUAUAUAUCACUUUCUUCUUCCUCACCUUCACCUACUGACCGCUCUCAGAAAGACAGAACACCCUGGUCUGGUCCCGACCCCAGGAACACGUCAACCCUCCCGGCGCAAGUCCCAGUUCCCCAUUAAAGAAGAAGAAGACGACGACGAUUCUUCUGCCACAGACACUUCAUCGAGGCGUAGUACAUCAACAACCCAGUGGAAAUCCCAGAGAAAAGUCAGGCUGGUUGAGACAGCAGCAAUGAACGGAUCUACGUCCGCAGUCGAAGGGGCAUCCGAUAUCCUGAUCGAUGCCUUGAAUGGUAGCGGUAGCAACGGGUCCGCAGCAUACGCCACCAUGAAUGGGAUACGCAAUGGCGUUGCAAAGAGCGCCGCCAAUGGCAAGCCUGCGAAGACGAACACGAUGCAGAGGGGGCGCGUUAUUGACGGUUGGGAGGUUGGAAAGGAUCCCAAAAUCGAUUACUCACCACAUUUCGAUUUCGGAGGGUCUUUUGGUGUUGUGGCUAUGAUGAUAUGCUUCCCUUUACUCAUGUGGUACAUGUGGGUUGGCGCAACUUUCUAUGAUGGCAAAUUCCCAACUCCGGCCCCUGGACAGAGCUUCGUGGAUUUCCUAAAGCAUGUGGGCAACCUUGUUUACAAAGAGGCGUUUCCUUCGCCUUACGCUUGGGCCAUUUUCUGGACUUUCUUCGUUUUCGAGGGGUUGUGCUAUUGUCUUCUUCCUGGCGUCUAUACGUAUGGAAAACCUCUUGCCCAUGAAGGUGGCAAACAACUGAAGUAUUACUGUUCCGGAGUUUGGUCCUUUUACACCACUUUUGCUCUCCUCGGAGCGCUUCACUACUUCAAUAUCUUCAAGAUAUAUACCCUCGUCGAUGAGUUUGGACCCAUCAUGUCUGUAGCAAUCUGCUCCGGGUUUUUGGUAUCCAUCAUCGCAUACUUUUCUGCUAUAGCCCGAGGAGCGCAACACCGAAUGACUGGAUACUUUUUCUACGACUUCUUCAUGGGUGCCGAAUUGAACCCUCGUAUGUUUGGAGUUUUGGACUUCAAGAUGUUCUUCGAAGUGCGUUUACCGUGGUAUAUUCUCUUGGCAUUGACUUGCGGGACCGCAGCUCGUCAAUAUGAGGAGUACGGAUAUGUCUCAGCAGAAGUUUGCUUCCUCCUAAUGGCUCAUUUCUUGUAUGCCAAUGCUUGCUCUAAAGGAGAAGAGUGCAUUCCUACAACUUGGUAAGUGGUAAUCCUUUUUUUCAUGUUGUGAUCACCUCUUGAUUAUUCUAGGGAUAUUUACUAUGAGAAAUGGGGAUUCAUGCUCAUCUUUUGGAACAUUGCUGGUGUUCCUCUGAGUUAUUGCCACUGCACCCUGUACCUUGCUAAUCACGACCCUUCAACUUAUCAAUGGAACCGCUACGUGAUGGCUGCACUUUUCACCUCUUACUUAUUCGUGUACUGGAUUUGGGAUACCACAAAUUCACAGAAGAAUCGCUUCAGAGCAGGAGAACGUGGUGCCAUGCUUGAGCGCAAAACAUUUCCCCAACUCCCUUGGCAAACUGUCAAAAACCCGCGCACCAUUAAGACCAAAACUGGAGACUCGAUUCUUGUUGACGGAUGGUAUGGAUAUGCUCGAAAGAUUCACUACACUUGUGACCUCUACUUUGCCCUUACCUGGGGCCUGGUCACUGGAUUCAACAGCCCGUUUCCUUGGUUUUAUCCGUUCUUCUUCUCCUGCAUGAUUGUGCAUCGUGCUUACCGAGAUAUCGAAAGAUGCAAGGCCAAGUAUGGAGAAAGCUGGGACGAAUACACUCGUUUAGUCCCUUAUCUUUUCAUCCCGGUAGGUCAUGCUUGUGUAAGAUGGUGUUUCUCUGUGCUAACGCUGUCAUCAGUAUGUCAUUUAAUGCAUUGGAUACAUAACCAACCAAUCCUGGAUACCCAGAUUCGAUUCACAACCAGGGCAUCUAGUAACCCAGCUUCAUGGGUAGUACUCAAAUGCCUUGUGUUCAUGC